UUGAGAACGAGUGAUAAAAUAGGGGUGUAGGUGGCGAGAGGUGGUUAGCUCAACGAACGCUUCAACUGCAUCGUUUCGCGGCUCUUAAGGGUUUCGUUGAAAUUCGUGUUUUGUUUUGGUUUCGUCUUCGCUCUACAGGUGUGUCUGGGUUGAGGGGUGUAGGAGACGAAGACGAGGAAGAAGGAUUGUGGAGGUCGUGUGAUCAGGUCUUCGCGUGAAGAUCUGAGGCUUUUGGGGCUGAAAUGAGUGCUUCAAGGUUCAUCAAGUGCGUCACUGUAGGGGAUGGUGCCGUUGGCAAAACUUGUCUCCUUAUCUCCUAUACCAGCAACACUUUCCCCACGGAUUAUGUGCCAACUGUUUUCGACAAUUUCAGUGCAAAUGUGGUUGUCAAUGGGGCCACUGUUAACCUUGGGUUGUGGGAUACUGCUGGGCAGGAGGAUUACAACAGAUUGAGACCUUUGAGUUAUCGCGGGGCAGAUGUUUUCAUAUUGGCAUUCUCUCUCAUCAGCAAGGCCAGCUAUGAAAAUGUUUCCAAGAAGUGGAUUCCAGAAUUGAAGCAUUAUGCACCUGGUGUUCCGAUAGUUCUUGUUGGCACUAAGCUUGAUCUUCGGGAAGACAAGCAGUUCUUCAUAGACCAUCCUGGUGCUGUGCCCAUCUCUGCUGCUCAGGGAGAGGAGCUGAAGAGGCUGAUUGAUGCCCCUGCUUACAUAGAAUGCAGUGCCAAAACACAGCAGAAUAUCAAGGCAGUAUUUGAUCAGGCAAUUAGGGUUGUGCUCCAACCACCCAAGCAGAAGAAAAAGAAGUCAAAGUCUAAGGUCUGCUCCAUAUUGUGAAUAGGUGUAAGGAGACUAAAGCUCUCCAUCUACCUCUAUUCUCCCACCAUAUUCAUCAUUUCUGUAUUGUCCUUGAUCAAGGAAGCAGCAGGCCCCCGUGUAUCAUCUUGCGUCAAACAACUAAGAAUCAUUGUGAAGCAUCAAGCGACUUGAUCUUUGCUUUCUAGGAAUUGUGAGCUCUAUUUUGUUUGGGGUCACAUUACAUGCUUGCCCACCUCAAUUUUUUAAUUUCGCUUCUGAAUUUCUUUCUAUAUAUUAGUAGAUUGGAAGGAUCCUUGGUAGGAAAACAGCUUUGCUUUGCAUGGACACAAUUAUAUUCAUUACUUUGUAUUCCCUUUAAAAGAUGAUGGAUUGGUUUCAUAA